AUGUCCGGAGGGCAGGCCAGAGUACCGGCGUGGAAGCGUCUGGGACUGAGACUGAAAUAUGCGAAAGAGACUGCUGGGGACUCGACUACAACGAACGAUACAGAAGUUGCGGACGCUGGAGCGGCCAAGGAGGCAGCUCUCAUAGAUGGAGUGCCGGAAAACAAGCGGCCUCAAAAGAAGCGCAAGCUGUCACCCUCCAAGGCUCGCCCAGCUGGUCAGGAUGAAGCAAUGGCUAAGGUUGCCGCCCCGGUACGAGACCAUAAGUUCGCCAACGAGAACGCUGUUGUAUCUAGCACAGAGACUGGUGAGCCCGCACAGUACAUUCACCCAGAUCAUCCGACAGAUGAGCAACUAGGACCAAGCAGAAAAUCAGUCACAUUCACUUCCGACACAAAAGGCGACGACGGCUUCAGCGCGAAGGCUCUUUUCAAGCAGUCAACCACAUCCGGCCAAUCGUCCACCUCAGGAGAAGCAGCCAACGAGGACAGCGCCACACCGAAUUCGAAGAAAGCGAAAAGGAAGGCCCGAUCUCAGGCUCAGAAACGCGCCGCGGACAACCAAGACUCAGGACCUCCGGAAUACGUGCGAUACCUGGACCUCUAUGCGAACGACAAAGCCAGCUGGAAGUUCAACAAGAAGAAGCAGACAGACCUUCUCAAGAAUAUCUUCAAUCUCGACCAUCUGCCAGCUCAGCACGAUCAAGCGAUUCUGCAGUACGUGGAGGGAUUACAGGGCGCUGCCGCUCGCAAACGGGUUGCCGAAAGUGCCGAAGCGGUGCUCAAAGGCGUGGCGGAGAAAGAAAGCGAGGGCGAAGGGCUGGAGAGCAUGGAGUCUGCGGAGGCACGGAGGCGAGCUUAUGCUUCUGCUCUCAAGCGGCAGAUCGAGCGCAACGAGCGGUUGAAGACUGGCAGAAGCGAGUAUGAUGUGGAACAGCUGGAGGAGCUGCAGCAGGAUAUGGAAGUGGCGAAGAGAGCUGACAAUCUUUUCGACAUGCUUCAAAAGGAGCUCCAUCCAGAGGAAGGCUCCGUCACAGCCGCGCCAACACCGGUACCAACGGCACCAACGGACAGCACUUCACAACCAUCAACCACCACCGACAACACAUCCAAACCCACAACAUCAAAGCGCAAGAGCCGCAAAUCGCGGACCAAAGCAUCUUCCUCCGACGACUCUAGCAGCGACAGCGAAGACGACAAGCCACCGGCCAAAAGCCCACGAACGAUCAGAGAAGCGAUAAGACCGUCAGCGAUACCUGAAAUGCAUUUCCGGGACGGCCGUUCGCUGGAGCAGCUGCCUUCUGGGAAGAGGGUCAUUUUCGAUGAUGAUAUGCUUGAUGAGAUGUUUCCGAAGAAGACAUACGGUGACCCGGCGGUGGGGCGGAAUGGAGCGGGUGCAGGUGGGCGUGGGAAGGAGGAGAGUGAGAGCAGUAGUGAGGAUGGUAGUAGUGAGAGUGAUAGUGAGGAGGCGUCGUGA